GCACUCAGGCCUCAGGCUGGGUGGAGCUGGGCACUGGGGUGUUGGUGGCAGCACUUAGGGACCCCCACUGCCCCAUCAUGGCAUCUGCUCUCACCAUCCUCCUUCUUGGCUGCUGGCUGGCUGGGCACAGCGGAGUGUGGGGAGGGCGUGAAUUUCUCAAACCCACCAUCUGGGUGAGCCCCAGCAGGGUGGUGGCGCUCGGGGGAAACAUCACGAUCUGCUGUGAGGGUUCGGACCCGGGCAUGGAGUUCUUUCUGCGUAAAGCUGGAGACCCGAAUCCACAGGUGCGGUCAGUGCGUAAUGGGACCGUGGCUGAAUUUCCCAUCGCCAAUGUCAGCCGGGAAGAUGGAGGGAACUACACCUGUGACUAUCACUCCAUAGCAGAACAGAAUCGCACAUCGCAUCCCAGCGACCCCAUCAAGAUCAUUGUAGGAGAGCCCAUCUACCCCAAACCCAACAUCUACCUGAGCCGAAGCAGGGGGGUCUUCUUGAGGGGAACUGUGGCGAUCUGGUGUGAGGGGCAGCGCCGGGGCAUGCGGUUCGUGCUGAAUAAAGAGCGACGCUAUUUUGUACCUAUCGAUGCAACUGGGUUUAUGGUUGUGUUUUCCCUGAGCAACGUGAGCCGGGAGGAAGCGGGGAGCUACAGCUGCUACUAUCACAGCAUAGUGGAUCCGUUCAACAUGUCAUACCCCAGCGACCCCAUGGAGCUGGUGGAGAGAGGAGUCUGGAUCCGGCCGUGUAGGGAACAGAAUCUCCCCAGGGGACAAGCCGCUUUCCCGUGGGGGGCUGAGACGCCUGCACAAACCACGCCUGCCCCCAAACACCCCUGCCUUGGAGAAUCCCAGUUCCUGACCUGACAGUGUCUCCCCAGGAUUGAACCCCCGAUGCUGUGUGUGAUGUUGCACUUCAUAUGUUUAUGGAAAUAUGCUUAUGAGUCUAAAUAUAAUGUAACUGGAAUAUGCUUUAUACAAAAGGUCUUUUGUAAGGUAUCAUUACAAAGCUUAUAAUCUUCUGAGUGUGAUCAUCCUAUUUGUAUGAAUGUAUCAGUCAUGUAUCUAAAACUAGAAAUAUGAAGUUAACUCUGAAGUCCUAUUGUAAUUAUGCAAAGUUUGGGCCAUUAAUGGUGGUUUAGAAUUUGAUGGCACCCAUUGACUAGAACAAUGGCUGUAGAUGGUUUAUUUACCUGCAAGCCUGCUUAUGGAUGUGGGGACCAGCCUGUGGGUAAUGAAGAAUGAGGUCUCACAGGGACUUGUGACCAUGUCACCUGAUACUGGAAUCCAUCUUAAACCUGGUGCUUUUCCAUUUAGAGGGAGGGGUGGGAACCCAGAGAGAGACAAAGGAUUCCCGCCUUGGGCCAAAACUAACUAACAAGGACUGUACCGGGGAAAGAAUUGGGCCAAGACUAGGAAGGAGUCUAGUCUGUGAAAGAAGCUUAUUGGAACAUCUCUGCGGGUGAGAUUUAUCUGUAUUCAGUUUCUUAAUGUAUUAGGCUUAGACUUGCAUGUUUUGUUUUAUUUUGCUUUGUAACUUACUUUGUUCUGUCUGUUAUUACUUGAAACCACUUAAAUCCUUCUUUUUAUGCUUAAUAAAAUCACUUUUGUUUAUUAG